AUGUCAUUAAGUCCUGAUAACUUGAUUCUUUUUGAAAUAUUAGAUAUUCUUACUUUGACAAAUAAUGUAGAACAAUUUGUUAUAAAUUGUAUUGAAAAUAAAGAUAAAAAUAUUAAAAUACCAAAAAAACAUGCAUCUUUAUUUGUUAGAAUUAAAAAUCUAAUUAAUUCAAUAGAUGCAAUCACUAGCCAAGUGAGCUUAGACAGAAAUAGUGAUAAAGGUCCUAUUAAAAAAUAUGAUAUAUUUAGUGUAAGCAAAGAUCAAAAAUAUGAUAUAGAAAUUAUGCUUAGUGAAAUAUCACAUGGACCCCUAGAUGAAACUCUCAUUCAUUCAAUUGAAGACAGAAUUAAGUUAAGAAAAGAAGCAAAGAAUUCAUUAGAUAAUGAAGAGGGUGAGGAUGAUGAAGAAAGUGAAAAUUAUGAAAGUGAAGAUAAUAGAAGUAAUGAUAAAAGAAAAGAAGAUUAUAAAGAUAAUGAAAAUAAAGAAGAUAAAGAAAAUGAACAUGAAGAAUUAGAGAAUGAAACAAUCGAAA